UAACACUAAUACUAUAAUAUUGUUCAUGUUUAAAUUAUAUAGUAUUUUUUUUACAUUUACAAUUUGUUAAGUGUGUGGAUUUUAUAUAGUUAUAAACAAUUUUUUUAUAAAUCUGUCUAUUGUUUGUUAACUAUUUUUGAUAGCUGAGUCAUUUUUUGCAUUUAACAAAAUUUAUCAACAAAUGUUUACAUAAAAAAAAAAAAAAAUUGUAAAAUUUUAAAAGAAAAAAACAAAAAAUGUUUUUGGGCGUUGCAACAUGGCUGAUAAUUGUCCUAAUUAUUGUCUGGGCAUUAUUGGACGUAUUAAGUCGAGUUGGUCGCGCCCUAUUGGAAAUUCUUCUUCCAAUUUUUAAUUCAAAACCAAUUGAUCUAAAAUCUAUGUUUGGUGAAUGGGCUGUCGUGACAGGAUCAACUGAUGGAAUUGGUAAAGCUUAUUCAAAAGAAUUGGCCAUUAGAAAUGUGAAUUUGGUUCUUAUUAGCCGAACAUUAUCGAGAUUGGAAAAAACAAGAGAGGAAAUUUUGGAAAUUAAUCCCAAAAUUCAAGUUAAAAUUAUAGUCGCCGAUUUUAGUAAAGGAAAGGAAAUUUAUGGGAAAAUCAAAGAUGAAUUAAAGGAUAUUCCUGUUGGAAUUUUAGUAAACAAUGUGGGAAGUAUGUACGCUUAUCCAAUGCCAGUGGACGAAGUUCCCGAGGAAAAUAUUUGGGAAAUAAUUAAUGUCAACAUUGGAGCAACAACAAUGAUGACACGAAUUUUAAUUAGUGGAAUGAAGGAACGUAAAAAAGGAGCAAUUGUUAAUGUUUCCUCGGGUUCAGAAUUACAACCACUUCCAUUGUUGACAAUUUAUGCGGCAACAAAAGUUUACAUCCAAAGCUUCUCUGAAGCAUUAAGAGCUGAAUAUUGCAAAUCUGGACUCACCAUACAACAUUUAACGCCAUUUUUUGUCUCAACAAAAAUGUCUGCUUAUAGUUCAAGAUUACAAGUGGCUAAUAUAUUUGUGCCUGAUGCAACAACCUAUGCAAAAAAUGCAAUUUCAACUCUAGGGAAAAUUAAUACAAGUUCCGGUUAUUGGGCACAUGGAAUUCAAGUAUUUUUUACACUCAUUGCCCCCGUUUGGGUGAGAACAAAAAUUGGUCAAAUGAUGAAUCAAUCACUUAGAAAUGAAUAUUUCAAAUCAAAACAUUCUUAAUUUGACAGAAAAAAAUUAUUAAUAAUUAAAAAAAAAAUAUUAAUAAUUUAAAAUAUUUGUUGAUAUUUAAAAAAAAAUAUUAAUAAUUUAAAAUAAUUGUUGAUAUUUAAAAAAAUAUUAAUAAUUUAAAAUAAUUGUUGAUAUUUAAAAAAAUAUUAAUAAUUUUUAAAAAAUUAUUAAUGAAAUUAAAAGAAAAAAAUUGUAUUACCACUUUUAAUGUGAUACUUGAGAAUUAUAUUUUUUGAAUAAUAAAAAUAAAAGAAAAAUAGACUUGCA